AUGCAGGCAUUUCCCAAAAUGGACUGGAAUGCAUUGUAUCAUUCCCCAUUUACUUUCGCGUCUUUUUUUUUUCCAGGCUCUUGGAAGAAGCAAGCAAACGAAGAUAACCAACUUGAUUCAAAGGCACUUUGCCGAUCAUUAUGGAGUAGGUACGCAGCCGGACCAGCCAGGGCAAGUUUGAUUUGUGUCUCGCUGAUCACGUUCCACCCGGCGGAUAAGCACAGCAAAGUACGCGGGUGCAGCCCCAUGUGGUCCGACGUGCCGGUUAGGCCGUGCUGUCCUGUUCCCCCCCCCCCGGGCAUUACGCGCGAGAUUGGAGUCCGAAGGUACGGAAAGUGGGAGACAAGCGUGACAAGGGGGACAGGAAUUAUCGGCUAG